AGUGUACCUGCAAGUACAUGAAAUCCUCAUAGAGGUGUUUACCAUGCUGUCCUUAAAAAGCUGCCACUUUGAGAGUUAAGUUAGGACACACACACAAAGAAGAAACCAAAAGCACAAGAAACGUCACAACACACAUUCUAUAUUGGGUUGAAGAUAGAAAAAAAAACUGUGUUUUCUUUGUGUGAUUUCUCUUCUGGUUCUGGGUAUUGUGUUAUUCACCUGAAGCUUACACCUUUCUGUUGUGGAUCACCUAAAACUUGGGUUUUGAUUGAGAUGGCUGAGAAGGAAGAAGCCAUGCGUGUUGUUUUGAAGGAAGCUGUGGAUUUGGAAAACGUGCCACUUGAGGAGGUGUUUCAGACUCUGAGGUGUGAUUCAAAUGGACUCACAACAGAAUCUGCUGAGGAGAGGUUGGCCAUCUUUGGCCACAACAAACUUGAAGAGAAGAAGGAGAGCAAGGUUUUGAAGUUUUUAGGAUUUAUGUGGAAUCCUCUUUCAUGGGUCAUGGAAGCUGCAGCAAUCAUGGCCAUUGCUUUGGCCAAUGGAGGAGGCAAACCUCCUGAUUGGCAAGACUUUGUUGGGAUUAUCACACUCCUUAUUAUCAAUUCAACAAUAAGUUUCAUUGAGGAGAACAAUGCUGGUAAUGCUGCCGCAGCUCUGAUGGCUCGUCUAGCACCUAAAGCUAAGUUCCUUCGAGAUGGGAAAUGGGUUGAGGAGGAUGCUAGCAUUCUUGUUCCGGGUGAUAUAAUUAGUGUUAAGCUAGGGGAUAUUAUCCCUGCGGAUGCUCGUCUACUUGAAGGCGAUCCACUGAAGAUUGAUCAGUCUGCACUUACAGGCGAGUCUCUUCCUGUCACGAAAGGCCACGGUGAUAGUGUUUAUUCAGGCUCCACAUGCAAGCAGGGAGAGAUCAAUGCAGUUGUUAUCGCCACAGGAGUUCAUACCUUCUUUGGCAAGGCUGCUCAUCUUGUGGACUCCACAAAUCAAGUUGGCCAUUUUCAGAAGGUCCUGACUGCUAUUGGAAACUUCUGCAUAUGUUCCAUUGCUGUGGGAAUGAUAGUAGAGAUCAUUGUCAUGUACCCAAUUCAACACCGGGAAUAUCGUCCUGGGAUUGACAAUCUGCUCGUGCUUCUUAUCGGAGGAAUUCCUAUUGCCAUGCCUACUGUUUUGUCAGUGACAAUGGCAAUUGGAUCCCAUCGCUUAGCUCAGCAGGGUGCUAUUACUAAAAGAAUGACAGCAAUAGAAGAGAUGGCAGGAAUGGAUGUAUUAUGUAGCGACAAAACUGGAACUUUGACUUUGAAUAAACUGACAGUUGACAAGAAUCUUAUUGAGAUUUUUGCUAAAGGAGUUGACGUAGAUACUGUUGUUCAGAUGGCCGCUCGGGCUGCGCGAUUGGAAAACCAAGAUGCUAUAGAUGCCUCUAUUGUAGGCAUGUUGGGUGAUCCAAAAGAGGCAAGGGCUGGUAUUCAAGAGGUUCACUUCCUACCCUUCAAUCCAACUGACAAGCGGACUGCGAUCACUUAUAUAGACAGUGAAAGUAAAAUGCAUCGUGUCAGCAAAGGAGCACCGGAGCAGAUUUUAAAUCUUGCACGCAAUAAAUCAGAGAUAGAACGUAGAGUUCAUUCUGUCAUUGAUAAGUUUGCAGACAGGGGCUUACGGUCUCUUGCAGUAGCCUACCAGGAAGUUCCUGAUGGAAAGAAAGAAAGCCAAGGAGGGCCUUGGCAAUUUAUUGGACUGUUGCCUUUAUUUGACCCACCUAGACAUGAUAGUGCUGAGACAAUACGAAGGGCAUUAAAUCUUGGAGUAAAUGUUAAAAUGAUAACAGGUGAUCAACUAGCAAUAGGAAAAGAAACAGGACGCCGUCUGGGGAUGGGAACCAACAUGUACCCUUCAUCAGCUUUAUUGGGCCAAAACAAGGAUGAAUCAAUUGCUACCUUGCCAGUUGAUGAGUUGAUUGAAAAAGCAGAUGGAUUUGCUGGUGUUUUUCCUGAACACAAAUAUGAGAUCGUGAAACGUUUACAAGCUAGGAAACACAUAUGUGGAAUGACUGGUGAUGGGGUUAAUGAUGCUCCUGCUCUUAAAAAGGCGGAUAUUGGAAUAGCUGUUGCUGAUGCUACUGACGCAGCUCGUAGUGCUUCUGACAUUGUUCUGACUGAACCUGGUCUCAGUGUUAUCAUCAGUGCUGUAUUGACCAGUCGAGCAAUAUUCCAAAGGAUGAAGAAUUACACAAUCUAUGCAGUUUCCAUCACAAUCCGUAUUGUGCUUGGUUUCAUGUUACUGGCCCUCAUAUGGCAAUUUGAUUUUCCACCAUUCAUGGUGCUGAUUAUUGCUAUUCUUAAUGAUGGUACCAUUAUGACAAUAUCAAAGGACAGGGUAAAACCAUCUCCAUAUCCAGAUAGCUGGAAGUUGGCAGAGAUCUUUACCACUGGAAUAAUUCUUGGUGGUUAUUUGGCUAUGAUGACAGUUAUUUUCUUUUGGGCAGCAUACAAAACAGAUUUUUUCCCUCAAACAUUUGGAGUCUCAAGUCUUCAGAAAAAAGAUAGGGAUGACUUUAGAAAGCUUGCCUCAGCAAUAUACCUACAAGUUAGCACAGUUAGUCAGGCCCUCAUAUUUGUUACACGGGCACGGAGUUGGUCAUUUGUUGAGCGUCCAGGCUUGUUACUUGUAGCAGCUUUUGUUAUUGCCCAGUUGAUAGCUACCUUAAUUGCAGUUUACGCAAAUUGGAGUUUUGCUGCGAUUGAAGGGAUUGGAUGGGGCUGGGCUGGUGUUGUUUGGCUUUACAACCUCGUCUUUUAUAUCCCACUUGAUUUUAUCAAGUUCAUAAUUCGAUAUGCCUUGAGUGGAAGGGCUUGGGAUCUUGUUAUUGAACAAAGGAUUGCUUUUACAAGGAAAAAAGAUUUUGGAAAGGAAGAACGUGAACUUAAAUGGGCACAUGCACAUAGGACGCUUCACGGCCUUCACCCACCAGAGACUAAGAUGUUCAAUGAACGUACAAGUUACACAGAACUUAAUCAGAUGGCCGAAGAGGCUAGAAGACGCGCAAACAUUGCAAGGCUGAGAGAACUGCAUACACUGACGGGCCAUGUUGAGUCUGUGUUUAGACUGAAGGGCCUUGACAUUGACACAAUACAGCAAGCAUACACUAUCUAGAAUAAUGUUGAGUUUCAUGCAUGAAUCGUUUAUGUUUAAUGUAUGUAUAAUGCCGUUAGAAGAGUGUGAUCAUAGAGCAGCAAAAAAUAUAUACUUUAUAAAUGUUUGUUCAAAGCAGUUUUGGUGGACUUUUGUAGACAUGAAACUAUUGGUGCAUUUAAAUGUUAAAGAGUUCCAUUUAUGCUUCCAAUCUAUCA